AGUACUGCCUACGCAUUUCUGUAGAUUGCCAUAACUACCCCGAGUCAACCACCUCGAACCGCCACACCCGUCAAAUGUCUGCUGCAGCUACCCGCCGCUUGGCAGACUCGAUCCCCAAAUGCAUGAAGGCAAUGCAGACGGUCUACGGGCCGUUUGCCCAGCUCUCCCCCGCACAAGCAUCUUCAUGGAUUCCUCCGCCGAUGGCGGAGGGACACCGCGGGCGAUACCUCUGGACUGACGCCUUCGGCGUCCUCAACCUCAUCACCCUCGGCACGCUCGCUCACAAUCCGACGUACACGACCCUAGCCGCCCGGCUCAUCGCCCGCGUGCACGACGUCCUCGGACGCACGCGCGACGGCACGCGGCGCCUCCCCGGCGCGACGGACGCGCACCCGCUCCGGGGCGGCCUCCGCAUCGGCAAGGCAAGCGACGAGGACGACCCGAGCGGGGACGGCGACGGGCAGUACUACCACUACCUCACCCUCUGGAUGUUCGCGCUGAACCGCAUGUCGCUCGCGGCGCGCGACCCGCGAUACAACGCCCUCGCGGUCGAGCUCGCGCAGGCGGUCCACCCACGGUUCGUGCGCGACAGGGACGCGGAGCGCCCGCGGAUGUGCUGGAAGAUGAGCGUCGACCUUAGUAGGCCCGUGGUGCGUUCGGAGGGGAACCUCGACCCCAUCGACGGAUACGUGGUGUAUGGCCUGCUCCAGCGCACGAACAAGGCGGACCCGAGCGUGCUUGCGCAGGAGGUCAGAGAGUAUAAGAAGAUAGUGGACACGAAGUGGAGGCAGUCUCUCUCGGACGACCCGCUCGACCUCGGUAUGACGCUGUGGACCGCGCAUUGGCUCGAAGGGGAAGAGGAGUGGGCGACGCAGCUCACCAACCGCGCUGCGAUCUGCACUCGUGUCCUUUUCGAGGACGGCUACUACGACCAGUCCAGAGCCUACCGCCUCGCGUUCCGCGAGUUCGGCACCGGUCUGGGCAUGCGAUGCCACACUGAAACGCGGCAAAAGGAACUGUCGGACGAGGAACAAGAGGACUGGGAGGCCUACUCGGAAAAGAUCCUCUCGACAUGGGAACCAGACAUCGAGCGUGGGUCCACGCACACGCCCGCUUCAUUGGUACCUAUCACGCUCGUCAUGUACUCCAGUGCGGUGAUCCCAGGCGCAUUCCACAGAGAUUUCUUCGAACAGCACUGAAGUGUACAUACUCUCUACGCUCAAAUCGAUUGAGCCGCGGUGAGGUUCAAACUACCUGUGCAGCAAUGGCCAUUAGCGCUCGUCGUAGAGGGUCAAAUGUAACGCAUACCUGGACCCAUACUCGUCGCAAAGAAGGCACAGAAGACCCGAAACGUGACAGAACCACUGCGUAUGUGAUAGGUAGCGGAUGGUCAUGGGCAGAACCCGGUCAACAAACAUUGGACUCAUACCUGUGCUGCAGCGCUCAAUCCGC